ACCAUUUGUAAUACCCGUAUGUGAAACAGUUUUUGGAAGCGGCGACGAGGAUUUUCGAUGAGGAGAUUUGUCAUUUGGCAUGCUAACAAACGCCGAUUGCGUAAGGCACACAAACGCGGGUGCCGUUUAUUGGUCAAGACGCGUCCGUUCGACACUCACGAGAUGAUAAAGGACUUACAGAAUGCUGGAUAUUCGAUUACUCAAGCCGAGGCGCUGACGUUGUUGUUGAGCAACACAGUGAGUUCUGUAACACAAGAAACGACUUCUCGAUCGGUUACCAAAUUAGAACAAGAGGUUUAUUCAACACAAUGGAAUGCUCGUCUUGAUUCUAUUCGCAAAGAUAUGGCAAUACUGGAGAAGACGGAAUUUAGUUCAUUGAAGGAAGAAAAUGAAAAAUUGAAGGUUGAGGUUGUCCAACUUCGAAACUAUGUGAAGGAUGAACUGUCCAAGAUGAGAUCGAGUCUCACACUGGAUUUGAAUCUAGAGAAGAGCCGAAGCAGAGAGGAAAUUAGUCAUCUCGAGCAGCAGAUUAGAGACACAAACAACAGAAUAGAAGUUGAAGCUGCGAGUGUACAGACCAACUUAGAAAAGAAUAAAGUUGAUGUCAUCAAGUAUCUAGCUGGUACCAUAUUAUCAGUAGCAACAUUCAUGUUGGCCUACUGGAGACUAACAAAAUCUUGACCUCCACCAGUACAACAACAAACACAUUUCUCAACAUCAAGAAACAUCAAGUAUAAUUUGUUAAUAUUAACUCUAAUAUUUAUGAGAUGAUGAUGCAUAGGCCAGUGACAGCAUUGGCAAUCAGUUGACACUGUAAUUUGUUCACUGCACUUUAAUUGACUAGCAAAUUUAUUGUUUA